AUGAGCGGCUGGGAAAGUCUGUAUGAAGCUGCAACAGGCGAUUAUCGUAAUGGUGACCUUAAUGACUCAUAUUCCAAUUAUUUGAAAACAGCUAAUGCAUUACUCCACAAGCUUAAUCAUGAAGUUACUUUUAUCAAUAGAGAUAGUAUCAAAUCAAAACCUCACAACAGUGUUUAUUUGUUUAAUCGGCUCAAGACGUGUGUACAAAGAUUAGAAGAUAUCCUUCAAAAUAAAGUUAUACUUGGCAACCUUUCUUCCCCACAACCCUCAUGCAUCUCUGAUUUAGUUAAAAAGGCCAAUAAAAAAAUUUCAUCACCAAUGCACUUGCCAUUAGUCCCAUUUUCUCCACUUACAAAAAAGGCAAUUCAUUAUGCUCAAGAGCUUCUUGCUGUUACUUCACAAGUAGCGGGUACUAAACAGUGUUCUAAUGACAAUGAGAAUUCUCAUCUUGCUUCACUUCGUAAGCUUAAUGAAAAAGUCAGGCAAAUUAGGUCUAAGCUCGAUCAAGUUAAUAAUCAAAUUCAAUCAAUUGCUGAAUUGGCUCUCCUUUCUUGGGAUGCUGACUCAGUUGCUCAACAGUUAACAAUAAUUGAAAGUAAUCUAUUUGGAAAAAUAGACUUCAGAAAUGACUUGAAAACAAAAGAUAAAAAAAAUUCAAAAGUACAAGCUUGUCUUGAUUUUCAUCGUUAUCUAACCAAUAGUUUCACUCAUCAAUUUAUUAUUUUUGCCGAGAAUUCUAAAACCUUUGGAAAUUCUUCACGUCUUUCCUAUCAACGUGAAAGUAUUAUUGCUCAUGCUAUAAGAAUAGCAUAUUAUUUAUUGAAUGUACAUCGUAAUUUUAAUAGCUUUGCUGCCAUAAUGAAAGCUUUGUCAUCAUUGGAAGUUCGUAGAAUACGUAGGUUGUGGAGUGGCCUUCCUACUCGUAUGAAUCAAAUAUUGAAAGAUUUAUAUAUUUACAUUAAAAAAGAAGAUAAUGAAUAUAAAUCAUAUAAAGAGAUUCUCGUUCAAAAAUUGGAUUUAUUCAGAGAAAUUGGCCAAGGAAUGGUUGUUAUUCCAUGGAUUCAACCACAUUAUGAAGAGAUUAAACAAAUUAAGCAAUCAUAUGCUACAGGAAAAUCCAAUGAUUCAUCUGAAAUUGUGCUUUCACCUCCAGGUGCACGUAAAUUAUUGUCAAUAUAUUCUCUUCUUGAGCAAUGCCAAUCAAAUACCAUUUCACAAGACAAUGAUGAUGAACACUUUAAUAAUCGUAAAGUUACUAAUACACCACCUAUUCGAAGUGUAAUUACCAUAGAUGGGACAAGUACUGUAUUGCCAUUGGAUCUUUCAUGUUUAGGGUUUGGUAAUUUAGAUGUGCACCAUUGGUUAGUGUCACGUGUUUAUCUUAACAAACAGCAAUUAAUUGAUGAAAUUGCUAAUAUAAAUGUAAAAUUAAGCAAUGAAAAUGAAACAAAGAUUUCUCAAUCAGUUGAGUUUAAUGAUAAUGAGUUAACAGAAUUUCCGGAUAAGCAACAGUCAUUUCUUUCAAAAGAUCCUUUUUUUGAUAGAAAUGAAUCAUCUCCUAAAUUAGUCAUUGAUGGAGUAACUUCAAAUAACAGCAAAUCUUUAAUUUCAUUUUUUGUUUCAAAAUCAACAGAUAACCCAAUUGUUCAUAUGGAACCAAUAGAAGAUAAUUAUUUCGAUGACAGCACAAAGUCAUUUUCUAACACAACUAGUCUUAACCCAAAUGCACAAGAAUUUGUUCCUGUAUCAUUUAGCCCUGCUCCGGGACCAUUACCAGAUGGAGAUAAAUCUAAUUUUUCAAAUAAGCCUUGGAAAACUUAUGAUCCUGACAAUAAAUCUGAUGAUGAAAACUCGACAUUUGUUUACCCUAAUUCCAAAUCAGUUAUAUCUGCUGAGGAUCAUUUUGUGUACAAUGACAACAAAUUUGAAUAUUCAAAUUCACCCAGUUCAACUAAAAACGAUGAAGAAAAUCUCCAAACAGAAACUGCCUUACAAAAUAUUCAAGAAAACUAUAAUGAUAUUUAUAAAGACAAUUGA